AUGCAAAAAUCGUCAACGGAUUCGGAACUAUUUGAUAAGCUUACGAGAGCGCAACCAAAAUUUGGUCCCAAAACUGACCAUGGUAAUGCACAUGGUCUUAAAUACCCGUGCGUACGGAAGGGCAUAUACAGGGGUGUUGGCCAUUGUGUGCCCAAACGAGAAUGUUGCUCCAAAAACCUGUGGCAAUACAACCACUUUGAUUCCGGAGACUGUGGUUUCAAACAAUUUUGUUGCAUUCAUGAUGUCCUCUGUCAAAGCUGUUCUGAAGGGACCCGAGAUGUCAAUAAUAGAUGUGUGGAUAUAAAUGAAUGUGAGGAGACAUACGGGUUAUGUUCGGGUCACGGGUGCGUCAAUAUAAACGGCUCCUAUACCUGUCAGUGCCUACCGGGCUAUCAGAUCAAUGGCAAUGAAUCCAAUGUCGAAAUGUUAUAUUCGGGUACACUUUUGCCUCAAUCUAUUGACUAUAGUAUUGCCGGGAAUUACAUGGCGUGGAUAGACAUGACUUUAAAUCAGAUAAAUGUGGCGCCAAUUGUGGCCAAAACUGCGAGUUUAGUGUCCGAGAGGACUGCCAUCCGGUUCUCCAAGAAUCCCAUCUGCGUUACCAUCGAUUGGAUCCACGAUCUGUUGUAUUGGAUUGAUUUGGACACCAGAACUAUCAAUGUGUUGAACGUAUUGAAACCGUAUGACUAUUACCCGGUUGUGAAUGUGACAAAUCAAGAACCGCACGAUCUGGUGGUCAACGUUAUGGACAAUAGUCUUGUGUGGAAUCACUUGGGAAUCAAACCACGAAUUGUGCGUUCAUUUCAAGACGGAUCCAAUGAGACGACUCUAUACUCAAAUGAUAAGCAAAUAUUUUGUCUGUCAAUCGAUGUCUUCAUAAAACGGUAUUACUUUUUGGACAUUCAUUUCACACUCUAUUCAAUCGACUUUAACGGCGCCGACGAGAGGAAGAUCUUCUCUUCCGGCAGUUUAUUAAACAAUAUAAACAGUCUUUCG